AUGCAAAGGUAUUGUGUUGUUCUUGCAAAUCCAGCCACCUGUGUGUUUGCUAGCACGAGUCGUGAUCAUCCGAUACACCUCUGGGACGCCACCACCGGCGAGCUUCGAUGCACUUACAGACCAUACGACGCCAUGGAUGAGAUAACGGCUGCACUUUCGAUAUCGUUUAAUUCCACAGGAUCCAAGCUUUUUGCUGGAUACAACAAGGCAAUCAGAGUGUUUGAUGUUCAUCGGCCUGGCAGAGAUUUUGAGCAAUACUCUUUGCUUAAAGGGGGUGAAGGGCCAACUCGUAUAGUAUCUUCAAUCUCGUUCUCUCCUCAAAAUGGGAUGCUCGCAGUUGGCUCGUAUAGCCACACAACAGUUGUUUAUGCGGAGGGUAACAUGGAGCCAUUAUAUGUUCUACAUGGCCAGCUUGAGGGUGUUACACAGGUGCUUUUUUCAAAAGAUGGAAAUUGUUUAUAUACUGGAGGGCGGAAGGAUCCAUACAUAUUAUGUUGGGAUAUUCGGAACACCGUGGAAAUUGUUUACAAGUUGUACAGAUCGUGUGAUACUACUAAUCAAAGAGUACAAUUUGAUAUUGAGCCAUGUGGCAAGCAUCUUGCCACUGGUGGACAGGACGACAUGGUCCAUAUUUAUGACCUUCAAGGUGGCCAGUGGGUGACAAGCUUCCAAGCAGCUGCUGAUAUUGUCAAUGGUUUCUCCUUUCAUCCAUACCUUCCUCUUGCUACAACAUCAUCUGGGCAUAGGAGAUUUGGUAUGCAAGAUGAAUUCAAAGAGGAAUCGAGUUUGGCAGGCCAUGAGAACUGCUGCUCCGUCUGGAAGUUUUCUUGCUCACAAGAAGCUUGAAACAACAUCAAGCCCUAAGCUGUGGAGGGACACGCGAACAUUUUGGACUGCAGAUGCUGGAGGUACAUGGUGUAAUGACAUCGGGCUAUAGCUGUGGGUGAGCAAGAACUGGAUGCAGACCUCUAAAACGUGAACUGUACCGAUGAGUUACUAGAGAAUUUGCCGGCUUAUCCUGUUCCAGGCACACAACUUACCGUGCUGGGUAACAAGCUGGUAAAGCAUGAUAGUAUGAUUGUUUUUUGGGGGAUAUGAGCUGAUAUUUUUAUCAUGGCAUGUAAAGAUGGUAUUUGUGUGCAUAAACACCUUGUAUGU